AUGAAUAAUUCACAAGUUGUAAAAAAAGGGUAUAUUGCUGUUAAAGAGGAAGGCUUAAGGGCUUUUCUAUGGUCAAAGAGAUGGUUAUUGUUAAGAGAACAAACUUUAACAUUUCAUCGGAACGAGAAUACAUAUCAAGCAGUUGCGUUAAUUUUUCUUAAAGAAAUUAAAAAUCUUCAAAGAACAGAAUUAAAACCAUAUUGUUUUGAAGUUCAAACAAAAGAUAAAAAUUAUUAUCUUUCUUGUAAAAAUGACGAAGAAUUAUAUUCUUGGAUGGACGAAAUUUAUAGUCGAUCUCCAUUAAGUGGUGUUUCAACUCCGACAAAUUUUGUUCAUAAUGUACACGUAGGAUUUGAUCCAGUGAGUGGAAUGUUUACGGGAAUGCCUGAUCAAUGGUCAAAGCUAUUAACAGCUUCAGCUAUAACAAAAGAAGAUUAUGAGAAAAAUCCACAGGCUGUUUUAGAUGUGUUGGAAUUUUAUACAGAAAAUCAAAAGAGAGAAAAUGAAGGAUAUGAUGAUCUUGAUGCAAUACCAAGAUAUCCAAAUAAUGUAGCUCAAAAGAAACCACCACCAGAAAAAAGGAUUAGUACAAUGACAGAAGCACAAAUUAUGGAAAAACUAAGAUCUGUGGUAACACAGGGUGAUCCAACAUCAAUAUAUAGUAAAAUCAAGAAAGUUGGUCAAGGUGCAUCUGGGUCGGUUUACGUUGCCAAAUCCUAUGCAACCACUUCUAAUUCCAAAGUAGCUAUAAAACAAAUGGAUCUUUCACAUCAACCACGAAAAGAAUUGAUUGUUAAUGAAAUUCUUGUAAUGAAGGAAUCUCGACAUCCAAAUAUUGUAAAUUAUCUUGAUUCAUAUUUAGUAAAAAGUAAUGAACUUUGGGUUAUAAUGGAAUACAUGGAAGGUGGUCCUUUAACAGACACUUGUAAAGGACUUCAGCAUCUUCAUGAACGGAGUAUCAUUCAUCGUGAUAUUAAAAGUGAUAAUGUUUUAUUAGACGCUUAUGGUCAUGUAAAAAUAACCGAUUUUGGAUUUUGUGCCAAAUUAACCGAACAAAAAAAUAAAAGAGCAACAAUGGUUGGUACACCAUAUUGGAUGGCACCUGAAGUCGUUAAACAAAAAGAGUAUGGCGCCAAGGUUGAUAUUUGGUCUCUUGGAAUUAUGGCAAUUGAAAUGAUAGAAAAUGAACCACCAUACCUAGAUGAAGAACCAUUGAAAGCCCUAUAUUUAAUUGCAACAAAUGGAACUCCAACUUUAAAGAAACCUGAUAAAUUAUCUAUGGAACUUAAAAGGUUUCUGGCCGUAUGUUUGUGUGUAGAUGUUGGAAAACGUUCAACAGCUUUGGAGCUUUUAGAUCACGAAUUUCUCAAGAAAUCUUGUCCAUUGUCAGAUCUUGCACCUUUACUUAAAUUCAAGACAUCUAAAUAA